CGCAGCAAAUCCAUCCAAGCUCUCGCUGACGUCUUUGAGAUUGACGACUGCGAUCUCCAGCAGCUCAAGCAGUGCGUCGACCGCUUCCACGAGCUUUCCCUCAUCGCCGACGAUAUCGAGGACGACUCGACGCUUCGCCGCGAUCGGGAAUGCGCCCACAUUCGCUUUGGCAUCCCAGCCGCCAUGAACAGCACCUACCUCCUCUUUUUCAAGCUCAUCCAAAGCGUGCCUGAGCGCUUCCAAGCCCACCACCACGAAACGCUCACCGCUCUCGUCGACGGCAGCGUUCGCGCCCACCGUGGCCAAGGUCUUGAAAUCUAUUGGCGCGACAACAAAUAUUGCCCCACCUUGGACGAGUACAUUGAGAUGGUGCAAUUUGGCGGCAAAUGGACCGAAAGCCUCGGCUGGGUCUGGAAAUCCCCGCAACAGCAAAUCCUCGAGCUAUUUGACAUUACUGGCAUCUUCUUUCAGAUUCGUGAUGACUACAUCAACUUGGUCGACCCAGCUUACUGGGCCAAAAAGGGAUUUUGCGAUGAUAUUCAUGAGCGCAAGUUCUCCUUCCCCAUCAUCUACAUGGUGCAGAAUCGGCUGGGCCGCUACCGCGAGCUGCUCGACCUUUAUGCUCGUGAAGACGAGCUUAAGAACACUGAAAUUCGCCACGUACGGUCCCCCUUGUCCCGCGAUCGGCCCUUUGGCACUGCUCUGCGCUGCUGA